UACAGCUAAGGUGUAUUCGGAGUUCACGUCACGUAUCGUAUUUUUAAGAUGUUUAUGCAAAGUAGCACAAGAUAAACAAAUAUUAUUUAGUAUUUUGAAUGAACAGUAUAUUUCAAAAUGGAACCAAAUAGUCGCGGCAGGAGGAACGAGCUAGAUGUAGACAGUUUUCGUAGUGAUGACGCAGGCUUUGAUAGGGCUCGUAAUAGAAGACAAUCCGGCGGUUUCGUGGAUCUAGGCAAUGAAUCACAAUAUGGAACAGGUGGACACCAAGCAUCUGGAGCUAACGAAAUCUUUGCAGAUAUUCAGGGAGAUGUUCCAUGGUGGAAAUCCAACUUCUUUAUAUCCCAACCAGUCCUCUUUGGCACCUGGGAUGGAGUGUUCACAUCUUGCCUUAUCAAUAUUUUUGGAGUCAUUGUAUUUCUGCGGUCCGGCUGGAUAGUGGCUCAAGCUGGCUUAGUUAAUGCUAUUCUAAUUGUGUUUUUCACAGUGUUUGUAGCUCUGAUCUCAGUGUUGUCAGCAGUGGGUAUUUGUGAAAGAUGUCGUAUAGAAAGUGGCGGAGUGUAUUUCUUACUUGCCCACACAUUGGGCUCCAGGAUGGGAGGCUCUCUGGGAAUUGUCUACUGUUUUGGCCAGGCUGUAGGUUGUGCACUAAACGUGUUUGGUUUUGGAGAGUCCAUGGCCAAGUUAUUCGGAACUGAAGAAACGUGGGCGGCGCGUGGAUUCGCCAUUGCCGCGGUGCUGUUGUUGGGCACGAUAAACAUCGCGGGCGUCAAAUGGGUUAUAAAGCUGCAGUUUGUGUUACUGCUCAUCAUUCUGAUGGCUGCUUUGGACUUCUUUGUUGGUUCAUUUACAGCUCACACUGAUGUUCCUGGAUUUAACGGAUGGCUAAAUAGCACGAUAUCCUACAAUAUGUGGCCGGAGUACAAGGAUUACACCUGGUUCAAAUGCUUUGGUGUAUUCUUCCCCACUAUCACAGGCAUUCUGGCUGGCAUCAAUAUGAGUGGGGACUUGAAAAAUCCUUCAAUGAAUAUCCCUAGUGGUUCUUUGGCAGCUAUUGGCACAGGAACUUUCCUAUACUUGAUGUUCGUCAUAACCCUAGCCGCAACCGUAAGCAGAGAAGUGUUGCUGACAAACUUCUCCAUCGCCACAGACAUUUCAGCCAUAACAGUUCUUCUCCUAGCAGGCUUGUAUGUCAGCUCCAUGAGCUCGUGCUUAGGAGCUAUGUACGGAACCCCUAGAGUCUUACAGAGCAUUGCUAAUGAGAAAGUUAUACCUGGACUUGAGACCCUAGGACAUGGAAGAGGUCCAAAUAAAGUCCCCAUAUACUCCAUGGUCGUAGUAGCCAUAGUAACCAUCACGUUCAUCAUCAUCGGCGACAUCAACAAGCUCGCGCCCAUCGUGACCAUGCCCUUCCUUAUCACCUACGCUAGCAUUGAUUACUCUUACUUUGCCCUCGCUCAGACGUUUGAUUUGCAACAUAAGCGUGAGAUGAGAUUCCAGGGACAUUCACAGAGAGAUACGCAAGUGUAUGGCGCUACUGGCAGUGACUUAGACCUAUUGUUCCCUGAAAGAAUAAGGCACAAGAAUGUUGGUGAUUUCACGCCGUCCCCAACCGACCCGGCGAUGAUGAACGGGCGAGCGAGCGGCGACGCCGACACCGCCGACGCCGACGGCGACGCGCGCCGCCCCAACGUCAGCGUGCACUCCAAGAACAAGAACUGGUACUCGCACCUCUGCAACCGGUGGCUGUCGCUAGUCGGGGUGGCCAUAAAGCUGCUGCUAAUGUUCCUGGUGCACUGGGCGUACGCGCUGGGCUGCCUGAGCAUCCUGUGGCUGCUGUGGCUGUACAUCGGCGCCGCCAACCCCGCCGUCAAGCCCGGCCGCGCCAACGAGUUCCGCUUCUUCCACUGGCUGAAGAUCGCGUUCCUGCAGGCAAUAGGAAAACGGCCACUAGAGUACGAGCAGCUGGUAGUGACGCCCGUGCACUCCGACAUCCGCGUGGAGCAGGAGCGGCUCAACGACGACAACGAGGACUUCGCGUCGCGCCGCCGCUACCACCAGUCCACCAACGUGCAGAGCCACCUCGUCAGCGUCACGUAGCCAUCGCUACCCGCUUCUAACACUUACCAACCUCUUGCAAACCUCCAUUAGGCUGGUUUUAGUGUCACGCGGAGCGAUCCGCACUGGACUAAUAUGUGUUAGGUAACUGAAGCGUUUUAGAGAGGCGCGGACGACAACAUCAACUUCAUACAAAUUGGUAGCGAGGAUCGCUUCGCGCGGACGGUCCUCGUGACACUAAAACCAGCCUUCAGGGUCAGUUGGAGCAACCACAGUUAACCGACAUCACGCCGUAGUCUAUGGAAAUCCCAUACAAUAAAAUUAUGAACGCUAAAUUCGGUAACAAACGGUUUGGUGCAACCGACCCCUUACUUUUUGAUAACUGACGCACGCGUCAACAGCCCAAUAUCAACCUUUAUUUGUGCAUUCUGACUAAAUUCGCGAGGAUACGCUGCACACGAUAUACUCAGUUCGUUUUCACAUUAUCCGAUCCGAUAUCAGAUGUCGGAAGGAUUUCAAAGGGAAAAAUCAAAGAUGGCGUCCUACAUGGAUAUCGGUCCUACAUCCGAUAUCGGAUCGGAUAAUGUGAAAACGCACUUAGAGGCACAAACGAACUUACUCAGAGUUUGAGGGUUGAUACCCUUAUUUAUUAAAUCUCUCUAACAAACUUAAAAUGCAUAAUGAUGGUUGUCACAUAUUUUUUAUUCACGCUGUUUAAUUUUAACCUUUAGUGUGGCAAAAAAUUGGCUAUAAUAUGAAUAAAAUGCUUUUGAGGAAGGACUCGGUCCUAAAACACGCAUUUAGCCAGACUGAAGUAACGGCGCCAGGGUCAAAUGUUUAGGUCUUUCUUGUAGACAUGAAUAUAAACUUAACAUAUACAAUUUUGAUACAUUUUACUACCGCUUUUGACGGAAAUUUUGAAUAAUACCUAAUUAAAUAAGUAAGGUGGCAGCAAAAAGAUUGUCAACAGCAUCCCUUGCUGCUCUUGGGGUUUAUAACAUCCUGGGGCUUUAUGUAUAGCCCAUUGUGCAAAGCGCCAUUCCAAAUAAUACUUAUUUUGUAUUAAUUUUACGUAACUAAGUAACUAAGAUACUUAUUUAUUAACGUUUUUAUAAUGUACAUAGAAUUACUUUUUAAGAACAGCUUGACCUUAAAGUAUACAGUUAGUACGUUUGCAAAAUAAUUGCCGACUUUUUAUCAAUACAAAAGGUUGUGUUUUUAAUAUUAAAAUUAAUUAAUUUAAUCAUAUCAGUGUAAUAUUGAUAACGAUAUCUACAUGCAUAAAUAUUGUAUACCUAUGGGGCGUUUUCACAAAAAUAAUGUGAUCAUACCUCUUAUUUGGACAGAUAGAUCCCUAUUCCCUGGCUUAUACCUGUAAUAAUGUCGGGACAGCUGAACAACAACCAGAAAAGACAGACCAACUUGCCCAUUGCACAGCACAAACUGUUUUAUUUUCCUGAAAGCGCCCCAUACCUACAUGUAUUCUUCAUAUUGUUAAUUACAACCAGGGGCCCAUUUCUCAAAACUGAAAGUUUCAAGUUACAAGCGGAAGUCUCUCUUUCCAACUUGUCAUAUUAGACAUUAACAACUGCUUGUAAAUUGUAACUUGUAGCUAAAUAUAUCGAUACUAUGCCAUAUGGCCGCCCAAACAAUACAGUGAGAAGAUAAAAAGGAAGAUGGUUUACCACGAACAUCGGAAUCUUCUUAAAACUGUCUUUAUUUUCCUCUUCUGUCGAUCGCGAAUACUCAGGAGCGAUAACAGACUCAGACGUCGAUAUUUCGAUAAACUGUAUUUUGUGCUAGGCCUUUCAGGAUACCUUAGCAACUGUGUUGAUUCUAUAAUGAGAUUAAUUGUUAAUUAUACUUACUCAUGUUUUAUUGUAUUGUAUUAAUUUUAUGAUGAAAUAUGCCCGGAUAAUAUCAUAUGUAAUUGAACUACUGACAUUCAACUUUAAUGAAUUACAAGCUUAAAGCU